GUCUAUAGAGGGGUUGGGCCCUCCCCCACCUCAACCCUAAAGGAAAGAGAGCCAGGCUCCUGGGAGGGCAGUUCCACUUCCUGUGUGGCUGCAGAUGACAAAACCCCAUGAGAAGAAGGACCCAGCCUCUGAGUGUCCACACCCUGUGUGUCUCUCUGUCCUGCCAACACCGAGGGCUCAUCCAUCUGCAGAGCAGGGCAGUGGGAGGAGACGCCAUGACACCCAUCCUCGUGGUCCUGAUCUGUCUCGGGCUGAGUCUGGACCCCAGGACCCACGUGCAGGCAGGGAUCCUCCCCAAGCCCACCCUCUGGGCUGAGCCAGGCUCUGUGAUCACCCAGGGGAGUCCCAUGACCCUCAGGUGUCAGGGGAGCCUGGAGGUCCAGGAGUACUGUCUAUAUAGAGAAAAGAAAACAGCACCCUGGAUUACACGGAUCCCACAGGGUCUUGUGAAGAAAGGCAGCCCCAUCCCGUCCAUCAACUUGGAACAUGCAGGGCAUUAUCGCUGUAUCUAUGGUAGCCACACUGCAGGCCGGUCAGAGAGCAGUGACCCCCUGAAGCUGGUGGUGACAAGAUUCUACAGCAAACCCACCCUCUCAGCUCUGCCCAGCCCUGUGGUGACCUCAGGAGGGAAUGUGACCCUCCAGUGUGUCUCACAGCUGGCAUUUGACGGCUUCAUUCUGUGUAAGGAAGGAGAAGAUGAACACCCACAAUGCCUGAACUCUCAGCCCCGUAACCAUGGGUCGUCCUGGGCCAUCUUCUCCGUGGGCCCCGUGAGCCCGAGUCGCAGAUGGUCGUACAGGUGCUAUGGUUAUGACUCGCACUCUCCCUAUGUGUGGUCUUUACCCAGUGAUCUCCUGGAGCUCCUGGUCCCAGGUGUUUCCAAGAAGCCAUCACUCUCAGUGCAGCCGGGUCCUGUCGUGGCCCCUGGGGAGAAGCUGACCCUCCAGUGUGGCUCUGAUGCCGGCUAUGACAGAUUCACUCUGUACAAGGAGUGGGGGCGUGACUUCCUCCAGCGCCCUGGCUGGCAGCCCCAGGCUGGGAUCUCCCAGGCCAACUUCACCCUGGGCCCUGUCAGCCGCUCCUACGGGGGCCAGUACAGAUGCUCCGGCGCACACAACCUCUCCUCUGAGUGGUCGGCCCCCAGUGACCCCCUGGACAUCCUGAUCGCAGGACAGAUCCGUGCCAGACCCUCCCUCUCUGUGAGGCCGGGCCCCACAGUGACCUCAGGAGAGAAUGUGACCCUGCUGUGUCAGUCACAGGGAUGGAUGCACACUUUCCUUCUGACCAAGGAAGGGACAGCUGAUCCUCCGCUGCGUCUAAAAUCAAAGUGCCAAUCUCAUAAGUACCAGGCUGAAUUCCCCAUAAGUCCUGUGACCUCGGCCCACGCGGGGACCUACAGGUGCUACGGCUCAAUCAGCUCCAACCCCUACCUGCUGACUCACCCCAGUGGCCCCCUGGAGCUCAUGGUCUCAGGAGCAGCUGAGACCCUCGGCCCACCACUAAACAAGUCCGACUCCAAGGCUGGUGAGUGAGGAGAUGCUCGCCGUGAUGACGCUGGGCACAGAGGGUCAGGUCCUGUCAAGGGGAGCUGGGUGUCCUGGGUGGACAUUUGAAGAAUUAUGUUCAUUCCAACUUAAAGAAUUAUUCAACACCUUUAACAAUGUAUAUGUGAAGUACUUUAUUCUUUCAUAUUUUAAAAAUAAAAGAUAAUUA